CGCGGCGCUACUUCCUGCUCGGCACCACGUGACUCCUCCAGGUGCUCCAGCUGUGCAGUAUUUAAUGUCAACAGCUGAGGCGCCAGGUUGGUAUUGGGCAGGCGAGUUCCCAGGCGCUGCAGACCGGCCUCUGGUCACCUGGCACACAUGGUGGCAGCACUCGGGCUUUAAUUAAAGGCUGUCUUGUUUUUAACUCUGUUUUUAAUUCAUUCCUGCCGAUUCGGAUUGGUGCAUUUAAAAACAACGUGCAUCUGAUUUUCUCGUACUGGAGCCGCCUGCAGGAAACCGCAGCUGUUCUCCAUCUCGGUGUAUCUGGAGUAGGGACUGGGGCAGUCCUCCCUCGGAUGCUGAAUACUGUGCGCAAAGCGAUGCCACUCACUCCCCAAACUCCUCUCCCGCUUGCAUGGACCGUAGGAGGAUUUGGAGCCGUGUGAGCGGUCGGAAGGGACUCGAUCUACGUAUUUGCAUGCGGGAUCCGAGCUCCGCGAUUACCAUGCGUGUUGGUGACAUCUGGCGCUGGCAGCUCCCUGGAUCCAAUAGAGGGUAAUCUGAACUGAGCCGCGGGAGGUAGACCAGCGGGGACACCAGUUCACCCAGCGAGCAGCCCGCCAGUUGGAGCCCGCUGGCUGGGGCACUGGUCUGCAGCCUGCCUGAGCCAUGGUGAAGGAGGAAUGCAAAGCGCUGCUCGAUGCGCUCAGCAAGGUGACUGCUUGCUAUCGGCACAUGGUGCUGACCAUCGGGGGCACCUCGGACUCGCAGAACCUGCGGGAGGAGCUCAAGAAGACUCGGCAGAAAGCCCAGGAGCUGGCGGUGGCUAACAGGAACAAGCUCACCGCCGUCUUGAAGGACAAGACGGUGAGUAAGGAGGAUAAGACUGAAUUCGAGAGGCUCUGGGUGAUCUUCUCCACUUGCAUGGAGAUCCUGGAGAUUGACAUGAAGAGAGCCCUGGAGCUGGGCCAGGAGUUUCCCCUAAACGUUCCCAAAAAGCACCUGAUCCAGACGGGCAUGAGCGGGGGAACCUCUGGGGUGGCCGCCAGGGCUAUGAGCGUCCAGAACAUGAAAUACGAGGCUGAACACAACAUAGAUGUAGUGGAUUUGAAAGACCUGGAGAACGAGAUCAACCAAGUAGGAGAGAUGAUGUACGAGAUGGAGAUGAAGGUGAAUGUCCCCCAAUGGACAGUAGAGGCUAAGCAGGACCCUGGGGCUGAACUCAAAUCCACCAUUAGCGUGGGCGCCUCCUCCAUUGGCAUGAUCUCCGUGGAGGAAAACAAAUCCUUCUGCGAUAUCAGCAAAGUUCUAGCUGGGAUCAUUUUCUCCGCGGUGCUCAUUAUCGCUAUUGUCUUGGCGGUGUGUGUGGUAAAACUCUCAUAGGCUGGCUUAGUUUUUCUGCAAGACAGAACCACUUUCUCUCACACAAGUAUUUCAUGCAGUAUGGAUCGCUUCAGGAUGGGUCACUUGGAAGAGCUGACAAUUUAACAUCUUGCGUAUAAAACAAAUCUGGAUGGCAUACAAUCUGAUCAUGCGUGGAGCAUCUGGAUGUAUGUGGUUUUGGUUUGUUUGAAAGCUCUAAAGGUACGGAUCAGCCUACAAUAUAGGAUGACUUUUUGCUGGUUUUGUAAUGGUUAACUGUGUGCAAAGUAUCAGGGUAUUAUCACUACAGGCUAUAGCAGGGAUUUGUCUGCUAUUAAUAGAUUACUGUUCUCAGUAGCCUGAAAUUAUUCUUUAAUAGGCUCUGAUGUUCAUUGCUGGUCCAUGUUUACAAAGUAGUUGAGAAUUGCACAGGAUUUGGGGUCUAAGGUGGAUGUCUGUGGCAAAACUAAUGGACACGUGUGUGAGUUUUCCUCUCAAACACAGGAUAUUCUGUCCAGAAGAAAAAAUAGAAAAUCCCAGUAAGAAGAUUAAACAACCUCUAUUUUAUCUUAAUUCUUGGAGAGUGUGCAACAUUUGAUACCAAAUGCACUGUUUGUACAGUCCCUAAUUGCACUUUUUGGCAGGGUACACAUUAAUAAUCACGAAAGGCAAUAAAAAUCUUCAAAGUAGAUGGAGAGUAUCUUCUGUAGAACAGCUUUCACAGAGAGAUAUUAACAGGCUCCAUCCCUCCCUUUUAUACAUCUCCUUUUAUUUUCCCCAGCAGAAAAGCUGAUUCUUGCUACUUGUCCAAAUUCUUCUUUCCAUGCAAGUGGUUGGACUUCACAUCAGCUGCAAAAUUAAAUAUUUAUCCAAAAUUAGAAGUAGUAAUUUCUAAAACAGGUUGUGGCAAACUAACAAAAUCAUGUAAAGUGAAAACCGAUGCUCUAGCUUGUCUGCCUCAGUUUCUGUAGCACAAAUAGAGGUCUAAUCUCAUGUUGACCUCUUACUGUUAAUGAGAUCUAUAUCUGCAGGAAUCCAGAGGAAACUAGAACUGCAGGGCUCAAUCCUGUUGUUUUUAUUUGCCUGAUUAGUCCAAUUGAAAUGACUGGAAAUGCAAAAUUGGGCCUAUAGUUGAUAUCUUUAAUCGGAUGCCUGUGCAGUUUUGUAAGAACAGAGCAUAAAGCCUAACUGACAUUUUGUUCUUGUUUGAUUGUUUGCAUGUAGACAGUUUAAACUCUUUUCCCUCCCCCAAUAAAACUGUGAGUACUGACACAACACUGACUUUGAAGAGAAUUUCUGUGAUCUCUUGCAUAAAAAUGCAUGUAUUCAUUUUUUAAAUAUACAAAUUAUGUACAUCUGUUCUGAUUAAAGUAGACUUGCUCCUAUGCACACAGAUUCUUGAGGAGCUAUACAAUGCCAGGGGCAUAGAUUGUACUGUUCAGGCAAAUAUAAAGACAAGGCACUGCUUUAGAGGGUGUAAAGUGAUAAAUUAGUGACUCCUCUGAAUUGAGCAUAAAGGACGCAUUACUAAAAUUCACCAUGAAAUUUGUUGACAAGAAGUUACUGGGCAUAUGCAGUAUUAGUGUGUAUGCGUGUUUUAAACAAAAUCAUGUUAGCUUUCUUAAUAAAACAGUUUUGUGAUUCAAAAGAUGGCAAACAUAUUUAAAAUAUUAUUAUUAACCAUGUUUAUUACAGUUAUGCCUAAGGGCCAAUCAAGAGUGAGUCCCCCAUUAUAUAUAGGUACCAUACAAACACAGAGCAGUAGACGGUUCCUGCCCUGAAAAGCUUACAAUCUAAAUAGACAAGAUUGGAGGAAGAUGCUCUUCUGAGGUGAAGAGACUGAGGGAGGAGUGGGGAGCAGGAAGGUUGGAGCAAACAGCCAAGCAACACAGGAGAGAUAAAGCAUGGUCAAAACUGUAGAAAGUUCUCCAAUGGACCAAAAAUCCCUGCUUUGGUUGCGUCUGCCCUUAUUGACUGGAGUUUCUGGUUGGCUACUCCACAGUUUUCUCCUCGUGCCCCCAGAGUUUACCCUUUAAAAGUGAAGACGAGUAAAGUUAGAUUUUUGGAGCGCAAAUAAAAGCUCUUGUAUGUCAUAUUUCAACCUAUACAUUGUUGUAGCCACGUCGGUCCUAGGAUAUCAGAGAGACAAGGCAGGUGAGUUAAUAUAGUUUAUUGGUUUCAGAGUAGCAGCCAUGUUAGUCUGUAUUUGCAAAAAGAAAAGGAGUACUUGUGGCACC